GGCACUGAAAGAAUAUGAAAAGAGAAUUAUGUUGUGGCAUCAUUUAUUUCAGGAAAUCAAAAUAAUACACCAUAUAUAUUAAUAGGAGCAACAUCAAGUAACAAUGAAGAAGACAGUAGAUGAAAAGUCAGUUAAAAAGGAAAAAUGUCUUGACAUUUUAAUUUUGGGUUAAGAAAAAAAAAGAAAAAAAAAAUUACCGUGAUGCAUCGAAUUUACCGUGUAUUUUUACAAUCUCAAUUCAUUUCAAUUUAAUUUCCAAGCAUUCUAAGUCCUAAAAAUGAAAUGAAUGGGUGUGAUGAUGUUCACUCUUUGCUGAAACCGAAAUUUCGCAAGGAAGCGCUAUGGUCGGAAGACGACAUCUGCAAACUUGUUCGAUUGUAUAAAAAUUCACCAUGUCUAUGGAGGAAAGAUAUACCUGCCUAUGCAGACAAUAUUGCGCGACAUCGCGCGUAUCGAAGUAUACACCAAAGUUUGAAUAUGCCACGUGUUACAUUCACCGAUGUUAUGAUGAAGAUUCGAGAAACUCGGCGUCUAUAUCUUAACGAGCUGAUAAAAUCGGUUACCGGACAAGUUUCCGGAUGUAUGCACAAACCGGAACAGACCUGGUUCACCGUCAUGCACGAGUUUCUUCAUCGAUACUUGGACUACGAUGAAUCUGCUGAGUUACACGAUGCGAUUUGUAGCAUGGGCUGGAACGUCGGUCUCAAUGAUUACAAGCGCAUACUUAAAAGUCUUAAUUUAGACGAUUUGAGUCCACCAUCCGCAGGAGACCCAAGAAGCGAAGAGCAAUGCUCAAACAGCAGGGAUGUGCGUAAAGACAAAAGUCCUUACUCCGUGUCGGAAGAGGAAUGCCUCCGUACAAAUUGGCUUCCACAAUCCAAGGACGAAACUUUUAGUCCAUCAUGUUCGCCUACCUCAAUAUCACGUCAUCGCAAUACUGCCGUUUCUCUGCUAGAUAAAACCACGUGCAGGUUUUCGCGAGUAGAACAUCGCUCGCCUCCGAUGUCGUGGAUUCAUUCUGCGCGAAACAAGGAUUCCCCGUUGUCCGAUUAUUGUUCGGAAAAUAGUGCUUCAAACCUGUCAAAGUCAGGUGUUCAGUUCAGUUUGUACAGCGAUUCUUUACUCUCUGAAAAAUCCUCUUCAACGACUGUUUGUGAGACAUGGGCGGAUUACACUUGCAAUCCUGAAAAAAAGCUUACCUCGUGUGGAGUGCAGUGGAAUAGUUUGGAAAGUAAGGUGAUAUUAAUCGGUAGAUAGUAUACGCGAUUAUACACGUCAUUCAAUAGACUGCAACAACAUUAUUAUUGCAAAAAGCAAGGCUCUUUAUUAACGGACGAUGCAACGUGCACGAAAACGAAAAAUGUGGCGAUUUCGGCACAGUACGAUGAA